AUGCCGUCCGCGCUGCCCCACGCAAAGGCCUAUCCUUUGAUACCAGGCUUGAUCUCCGAAGCUGCAGCUGAUCACAUGCACUCCAUCGAUCUCUUCCCCAUGCCGUUGCUCUUAAGCGGCGAGGGCCCAUCCGUGGUGAGGAACUACGAGGGGGGGAUGGACAUCCCUAGCGACGAGGCGAUCAGCACCGGGAACAUGGGGCUGAGGGAUGGCGUCGAGGGCGCGCGAGUGACCGUGGAGCUGGUGUCGGAGCUCCAGGUGCUGGCCCAGCAGCACAGCCCGAGCCUGAGGUCGCAGAGCACCGAGCCCCCCGCGGGAGGCACCAUGGAGUCUUGGGCCGCCUUCCUGGCCCCGAUCAACGACAUGGAGUACAGCUCGAUAUGCACCACCCAUGCGUUCUUAUCCUCUUCGUUCUGCAGGCUCUACACCUGCCUGCGCGGCAUGGCCGACGUGGAUUUCAUCUCGAAGAAGGAGGCCCGCGAUUCGCUGAUCGAGUGGCUGCACCACCUCGAAGACACCGACGGGGAGCCGUUUGAGCUGAACGCGAAAGCGCAGGACGAGAUUCUAGGUACGGUGGUGGAUGGGAGCAAGGAGCAAGCGCACAUCCGGUGCCACGCGUGGCGGGCGCUGCUCCUGGCGGCCUCGGCGCCGCUGGCCGCCGGCGUGCCGCGGGGGGCGGGCCGCGGGGCGUUCCUGGCCAAGAACCGGACGGGCGGGCCGGACGGGGGUAAAACAGGGCUAGGGGGGGCCGUCGCGCUGCUGGAGGAGCUGGAGGAGCUCGUCUCGAGGCGCGAGCGGGCGAUGGCGAGGACGAGCUGGCUCCUGGCCGGGGUCGCGGCUGCGGCGGCGGGCUCGGCGGUGGUGGGCACCGCGUCUCUUGGCAGGGCCGCCGCCAGGAAGGUCGACUGA